UUUAUUAGCAACCAUAAGUUCGAAAGACUUAAAUUACACAUCACUCGCAAGUUCUUUUGUUAAUUUUUUUUAAAUUUGAGUUAUCUUUUAUUCAAAUUGAGAAAACUUUAACUACUACGUUUUAUGUACACCAAUCGGAAUCAGUUGGCAUUCCAGUUCGAAUAACGGCACUAUUCGCGUUUUACCGAUUUUUCUUUCAUUUCUCGUUCCUUAUUAUUUUUUUUUUUUGCCAUCUCUUUCGCUUAUAUUUUUCUUUGCCUCACUUCCUUUUCCGCGCACAAACAAAAAGCGGAGCCGUAAAAUGUGUGACGCAUCAAAUCCAGCGAAGCCGUGGCAGCUUUCCGGUCUGAUGUACGGCAAUGGGAUCCCGGCGCUGUGUCUGCUGCACCAGGAGAUCGAGCACUUCUACAGCUACAUACAGUCCACGCCGACAGAGUUCUGUCUGCGGGCGGAAGCAGUGCGUCGCAUCGAGGACGUGGUGCUUACCAUUUGGCCAGGCGCAUGCGUGGAUGUCUUUGGCUCUUUUCGGACGGGACUGAACCUGCCGUGCUCGGACAUCGACCUGGUGGUAUACAAUGGUUACUACUGGAACCCCAGGCUGCUGCAUGAGCUUCAAAACGAACUUGUCAGCCAGGGCGUAACCGAUCCGGACAGCGUUAUCGUUCUCGACAAGGCUUCCGUGCCCGUGGUCAAGUUCACGGAGCGCAUAUCCCGCAUCAGGUUCGAUGUGACCUUCAACGCCGCAGCAUCGGGUGUACAGGCCGCCGAGCUGAUCAAGGACUUUAUCCGUCAGUUUCCCGAGCUGCCCAAGCUGGUCAUGGUGCUGAAACAAUUCCUCAGCCUUCAGGGAUUCAACGAGGUGUACAGCUCCGGCGGAAUCUCGUCCUACGCACUUACACUAAUGGUUAUCAGCUUUCUGCAGCAGCAGGCGCGCACCAACAAGCGAUACAGUCCACACAAUAAGCUGGCCCUGCUGCUCAUCCAGUUUCUAGAUUACUACGGCCGCAAGUUUGACUUCUUCAAGUACGGAAUAUCGGUUCUUGGCGAAGGUGGUUGCGUGGAGAAGGAGCGACUUCGCUCCACGCUGGGCGAGAACAACUGGCAGUCGGUGCUCAGCAUAGAGGAUCCAGUGACCCCAACCAACGACAUAGGUAGGAGCUCGUAUGGGGCGCUCCACGUCAUGCAGGGUUUCGAGGCAGCAUUCGUAAAGCUCUCGAAGCUGGUGGACUCUGACUCAUCCAAGAUCGUCGCCCCCAUACUGGCCAACAUUGUGGAGGUGCCGCAGUCCAUAGUCAACUAUCGGGCUUGGGUGCACUACAACUUCCAGCACCUUUCGGCGCCGGGAUUGUCUCGACCCGAUUCACUUGGACAACCAUCGCUCACGGGCUCCGCUUCCACUUCCGCCUCCGAGGAUGAGCGCUCUGGCGGACAGGUGACUGUUGGAUUCCGCCGGUGUGGGGAUGGUCCUCCCCAGAACAUGGACUUAGAUGCCUCCUUGGCCAACCUUAAGUUGAAUUAAGUAUGGUGCGCUUAUACCACUGGUGAUUUAACUUUUAAAAACUAGUUAUAACAUUUCAUUCGCAUAGUAUUAUGCUCGGCAUAUGAUAACCCAAAAGAAAAGAAAAAAUUUA